AUGAAUAGCAUGUUGAGUAUGAAGCUUCUUAUUGAUAGAGAAAGCAAGAAAGUAUUGUUUGCAGAAGCAGGAAAGGAUGUUAUAGAUUUCCUCUUCAACCUACUUUCUUUACCUUUAGCCACGGUUAUAAAUAUCCUAUCUGACUCUAAGAGUUGCACUGUCGGUUCAUUGAAUAAUCUUUACAAGAGUGUUGAGAAUCUUGAUAAGGCCUACAUUCAACCAGAUCAGAAUAAGGACACACUUCUCAAACCCAUUCCUCCUCUGGCUCAGGCACAUUUGUUGUUGCCAGAUACUGUUCCAGUUACUCCAAACAAUGCAAAUGUUAGAUUCUACAAAUGCCCUCAAUCAUGUAAUGAUGGUUACUUUGUUAAAGAUCCGAACCUCGAUUGUCGGAACUGCAAUACCAAAAUGAGUUUACUUGAUGUUCAUGAUGAGAAUAAGGCUGCGGCGGUUGGUGCAGUAGAGAAUGUGGAAGGUGGUGGUGGGUUUGUGAAGGAUAUGAUGACAUACAUGGUUUUGGAUGAUUUGGUGAUCAAACCUAUGUCUACCAUUUCUUGCAUUUGUUUGUUAAGCAAGUUCAAUGUCAAAGAUAUUGGAAAUCUUCAAGAAAAGAUGGUUGAUUUUGGUAUCGAAGAGGUAACUCACAAUUCCUUAGUUAUGAAAAUUUAA